AAAAUCGAGGGCGUUCGAGCUUUGUAAAUGUUACUUCGUGCGCCACUCGAGAUUGUUGUUGUUAAACGAUCGAAUUAAAUUCGCGCGGGUUUGAUAUUCAAAAGACGGUGGAGAUAGUGGGAAAAUUUAAAAAAAAAUCGACGGCGUGUGAAAGCCCUCCGACUGGAACGCGUGUAGAUAAGGGCCCAGUUAUGGCGGCUCCACCACCGCAACAGUUUUGUGUACGAUGGAACAGUUAUCAGUCGAAUUUGCAGAACGCCUUUCCGAAACUACUGACAUCGGAGCAUUUUGUUGACGUCACCCUCGCCUGCGAAAACGAAAUGUUAAAGUGCCACAAAGUCGUACUGUCGGCGUGCUCGACUUACUUCGAAAAGUUGCUCCUAGAUAACCCCUGCCAACAUCCCAUUAUCUUCAUGAAGGAUAUGAAGUUUCAGGAGAUGCAGUCGUUGGUCGAUUUCAUGUACAAAGGCGAAGUGAACGUGACCCAGGACGAUCUGCCCUCCUUACUCAAGUCGGCCGAAGCUCUUCAGAUACGGGGAUUGUGCGGUUCGGACCAGCUCCUCAAUCAGCACCAUCUCGGCAACCUAAAAGCACAAAUGAAGGCGGCGGCGGCGAGUACAAACGGGGAAAAGGCGAUCGUCACUCCGCCCGUGAAAAGUUCGACAGAUCCUCAAACUGUCAACUGUAAACUGGAGAAGACGGAGGAAGUAACCGAUCCACCCGCACAGCCUUCAUCCUCGGAGACGGAUUCCAACGAAGCACAAGUCAAAGAUGAAGAUGCGAAGGAGGAACCGACAGAAGAGGAUUUUUGUUAUGAGGGCGACAGUGAGCUUAUGGAUACGGAAUUUUUAGAAGAAGACGGCAUACUAAACAGCGACGCGAAAACCGACUACGCCAUCGCCAACGUCUCUUGUCAGUACGACGGCUCACCGGGCGGUCCCAACCGGCGCAUCCGUCGAUCCGACGAGGAGCUGCGCCGGGCGGCCGAGUGCAUAACGAGAGGGCAGACGUUUCAAAAUGUUAGUGAUCAAUUUAAUAUUCCAAUCUCGACGAUACGAUUCUAUAUGGCGAGAAAAGGUAUAUUGCCGCGAAGGAAAAGGGGACGGUCGUGUUCGGGUCCGUCGGGCGCGUCGUUGCCGCCGGCGUCGACGUACAACGCACCCGGCAACACAAGUCCGAUAGGACCACCGUACCAUAUCGUUCAUUAUAAACUGCCCGCGCUCGGCGUCUCUAAGCUUAAGUAAAAUCGUUCUCAUCUCUCAUCGUUAUUUAUUUUCCUGCAUGCUCAUUUUUUAGCUAAGUUUAUACGAUACCAUUUUCUGGAUUAUUGUGAUUUUUAUUUAUAUACGUGUAAGUUUGAUCAAUUUUUGUGGUUAUGUAUCAGUAUUACCGACGGGAAUAAUUUUUUUGAGAUGUUCUUUUUUUACAUCACGUCAGUAUAGUCUUAGUAUAAUUUUUUGUAAAGAUGCAAUGGUCCAAAUUGCAUGUAACCGAGAAGUAUAUUUAUAGGUAGUGUAUUCAUGUAUUCAAACACAGAGGGAAUGUGUACAAUUUUUCCUCCGCCGACUUAAUUCUGCUAGUCCGAAAUUUUAUUUAUUACAAAUUUCCCAAGACUCGAUUUUAUGCUUAUCGCAGUGCAGCUCUAAACGUGAUUUCAUUUAGUUAUGUGUAAAUAUAAGAACAAAAUGACGAGCGCCCAUAUUUUGUUUAUGACCGGUUGGUUAACGCAACAGAUUAGUUAGAACCGCACGGAACCUCAUGUAGUUAAAGUAAGAGUAGUUUUAAGCGGCCCGUCAAGGUGGGCGUUCGAUCUUCAAAAACCGAGACACCACAUCGCGUGCUAGUAACUAAACCAACUGGAAAAAAUGUAUAGAGAAAUGUGUGUACUGUUUUUUUUUGCGUUUGAAGUUGCGUUUUUACGUCGAUUGUGUUAGUUUAGAUUUGUGUAUAUGUUUAGGCAUUUUAGUUCGUACGUAAUAUAUAAUCCUAUAAAGGUUACUUAAACAUUUUCGCCAUGUAAUUUUGUACAGACUUGUUUUUUUUUUGCGCUAAAAAUGAAUGAUCUGUACGUGUAAAGACUUAAAGCCUAUUAUUGAUCGAGGUAAUAUGUAGAAUUGUUUUGUACUCAAGAUCUCUCGCCCUUCAGUUCGUCAUGAUUGUACCAUAAUAGAGACUCUUAGUUGUGUAUGUUAGGUAUUAGGUGUAAAGUGCCAUCAUAAUAUAUUUUUCUAGUACAUAGA